AUGACAUCAAUAGAGUAGCUUUCCAAAGCAGAGAAUCCAUAAUUAAUGUAAUAAGAUGAUUAUUUAACUCCAUCUCAUGAGUCUGAUUCUUCAGACUCUUCUUAUGAUUUUGCUUAAGAUUUAAACUAAAAGCCUUCAUAAAAGAGAACUCCCGAAGAAGAGAAAGAACUUCUUUAUAAAUAUAGAGGUAUGUUUAAAAAUAUAAAUCAAUAGGAAAACAUGGUCUUAAAUAUGCAAAAAUAUCAAAUGAAUAACGAUAGAGAUUAAUUAAAUAAGUGACAACAACAGGUUGUACUAUAAAAAGUGCAGCUAAAGAAUUAAACAUCAAUUUUUCAACUGCUAAGGCAAUUAUGCAGAUUUAUAGAAAAGAGGGCCGAACAUAAAAGAAAUUCAAAAGAGAGAACAAGAAAAUGCUGAAUACAAAGUCAGAAACUCUCAACCUAAGUAUUUAGAAAAUUUUAAAUUUUUUAGCCACUUCUGAUAAACCAAAUUAUGGUGAAUAACGACAGAUAAAAAUUGAUGCUGUUUAAGAUAAUUUAGAUACAAAUCUUUAUCAAUAAGCAGAAGAGACUAAUAGGAGUUAGGCUCUAUUGAUUUAAUAAUUGAAUACAUAAGUAAAUAAACUUAAAUUAAAAAUUUUAGAAUUUAUUAUUAUCAGACCGAGUACAGUAAUUACAAUAAGAAAAAUAAUAAUUAACUUAAAAUUACUCCUAUUUAUCUUAUUAAUGUAACCAAUUAUAGUAGAUGGUAUUAAUUCUUAAAUCUAUUCUUAGAUAUAAUAAAUUGUGCCUUCAUAUUAUUGGCCUUGUUCUGGAUUAUGA